AUGAGUCGCCAAGCCAGUCGCAGCCAGCAGCAGUCCUUCCGGUCCUCCAGCCAGAGCUGCCGCCAGGGCUUCAGCGGCAGCUCAGCCGUGGUCUCCGGCCAGAACCGGAGCAGCUGCAGCCAGACAUGCGGCUCCCGAUCUGGCGGCGGUGGCGGGGGCAGCGGGUCCGCGGCUUGUGCGCUGAUGUGGGGCACAUACGGCAGCAGGAGCCUCUACAACCUGGGCGGGAAUAAGAAGAUCUCCAUCAGCGUGGCCGGAGGCAGCAUGCAGCCGGGCUUCUGGGGGGCCGGUGGUUUCAGAGGCGGCAGCAGAGGAAUGAGCGCGGGCUUUGGUGGAAGGACUGGGGGCUUUGGAGGUUUCAGCGGGGGCGCUGGAGGCUUCGGUGGAGGAGCUGGAGGCUUCGGUGGAGGAGCUAGAGGUUUCGGUGGUGGUGCCGGAGGUUUCGGCGGAGGAGCUGGAGGUUUCGGUGGUGGCGCUGGUGGUUUCGGUGGCCCAAGUGGCUUUAGUGGCCCUGGUAGCUUCGGCGGGCCAGGUUUUGGUGCCGGUGGCUUCCCCGGGGGAAUCCAGGAAGUGACUGUCAACCAGAGCCUCCUGCAGCCCCUCAAUGUGGAGAUCGACCCCCAGAUCGGACAAGUCAAGACGCAGGAGCGGGAGCAGAUCAAGACCCUCAACAACAAGUUCGCCUCCUUCAUCGACAAGGUGCGCUUCCUGGAGCAGCAGAACCAGGUCCUGGAGACCAAGUGGCGCCUCCUGCAGGAGCAAGGCUCUGACUCCAGCAGCAGCAACAACAACCUGGAGCCGUUUUUCGAGAACUACAUCAGCAGCCUCAAGGACUUCCUGAACGGGCUGCACAACGAGAAGGACAAGCUGCAGGACGAGCUGAGGGGCAUGGAGGAGCUGGUGGAGGACUUCAAGAUGAAGUAUGAAGAGGAGAUCAACAAGCGCACAGCCACAGAGAACGACUUUGUGGUCUUGAAGAAGGAUGUGGAUGCUGCCUACAUGACGAAAGUGGAGUUGGAGGCCAAGGUGGAGAGUUUGGUGGAUGAGAUCAACUUCCUGAGGGCCCUCUACGAGGCCGAGCUGGCCCAGAUGCAGUCAGACACCAGCGACACGUCCGUGGUCCUGUCCAUGGACAACAACCGCUCUCUGGACCUGGACAGCAUCAUCGCCGAGGUGCGCGCCCAGUACGAGCUGAUCGCCCAGAGGAGCAAGGCCGAGGCCGAGGCGCUGUACCAGAGCAAGCUGGGUGAGCUGCAGAACACAGCGGGCAGGCACGGGGACGACCUGAGAAGCACCAAGAGCGAGAUCUCCGAGAUCAACAGACUGAUCCAGAGGCUGCGGGUUGAGAUCGAGAGCGUCAAGAAGCAGAAUGCCAACCUGGAUACGGCCAUCGCCGAUGCAGAGCAGCGUGGGGAGCUGGCCCUCAAGGACGCCAACGCCAAGGUCCAGGAGCUGCAGGCCGCCCUGCAGCAGGCCAAGGAGGAGCUGGCCCGGCUGCUCAAGGAUUACCAGGAGCUGAUGAACGUCAAGCUGGCCCUGGACGUGGAGAUUGCCACCUACAGGACCCUCCUGGAGGGCGAGGAGUGCCGGAUGUCCGGGGAGUGCCAGAGCUCCGUGAGCAUUGAGAUGGUUCACAACUCCAGCGGCGGGAGCAGCAGCGGCGGCGGUAGCGGCGGCGGCAGCGGCUACGCGGGCGGCGCCAGGGGCGGCAGCGGCUCUCUGGGCGGAGGCGCCGGGGGUCGCGGGGGUCUGGGCAGCCGCGGGGGCUCAGGCGGCGGCAGCUCCGGCGCGCGCGGCGGCUCCUAUUCCAGCGGCUCCAGCUCCAUGGCGCGCCGGGGCGCGUCCAGCGCGGGCGGCGGCAGCUCGGUGGUGCGCGGGGGCUCCGGCGCCUUCAGCAGCGGCAGCAGCAGCUACUCCCGGGUCUCUCAAAGUUCCUCCCAGAGCCAGCGAUCCCAACAAAAAUUCUAACCGGUGGCCCGGGCUCCCAGCCCCUUCCGUCCCACCUUGCACCCCAGCCCCGCGCGUCCCUUGCACUCCCUGAAACAGUGACACUCUUCCCCUGGAGCAGUUUCAGACCU